AUGGCCAGCGGCGCUCGGCCAGCCUUGCCGGGCGGUCACGAGCUUGGCGACCAGCUGUACUACACGGGCUCGAGCCAGACGUUUGAGAGUGGCAAUAAGCUCACGCACGGCCAGUCGGGCGAGGUCGUCGGCCCCGCGACCGGCAAGCACCAAGGCAACGGCCUGCAAAUGUUGUUUCCAGGGAACAAAGGCUCCAUAAACUGCUCUCUGCUCAGGCUCAGCCGCGAGGAGCCGCCGCCUCUGCCGGGCGGGAACAAAGGCUCCAUAAACUGCUAUCUGCCCCAGCUCAGCCUCGAGAAGCCGCCGCCUCUGCCGGGCGGUCACGAGCUUGGCGACCAGCUGUACUACGCGGGCUCGAACCAGACGUUUGAGAGUGGCGAUAAGCUCGUGCACGGCCAGUCGGGCGAGGUCGUCGGCCCCGCGACCGAUUUUCACCAAGGCAACGGCCUGCAAAUGCUGUUUCCAGGGAACAAAGGGCACGUAGACUGCUAUCUGCCCCAGCUUAGCCGCGAGAAGCCGCCGCCUCUGCCGGGCGGUCACGAGCUUGGCGACCAGCUGUACUGGACGGGCUCGAGCCAUUCGUUUGAGAGUGGCAAUAAGCUCACGCACGGCCAGCAGGGCGAGGUCGUCGGCCCUGCGACCGGCGAGCACCAAGGCAACGGCCUGAAGAUGCGGGGCGGCAAGCGCUUUUCAGGCGAUGUCAAGGUUGUCUGCCCCCUCACCAGCGGCGGGGAGCAUGGUCGGAACGGCGCUUUUGUCGCCUUCGGCAACACCGAGGCGUUCUACCGGAACAUGGCUCAGCCGCGAGGAGCCGCCGCCUCUGCCGGGCGGUCACGAGACCGGCGACCGUACUGGACGGGCUCGAGCCAUUCGUUUGAGAGUGGCGAUACGCUCACGCACGGCCAGCAGGGCGAGGUCGUCGGCCCCGCGACCGGCGCGCACCAAGGCAACGGCCUGCAGGUGCUGUUUCCAGGGAACAAAGGCUCCAUAAACUGCUAUCUGCCCCAGCUCAGCCUCGAGAAGCCGCCGCCUCUGCCGGGCGGUCACGAGCUUGGCGACCAGCUGUACUACGCGGGCUCGAACCAGACGUUUGAGAGUGGCGAUAAGCUCGUGCACGGCCAGUCGGGCGAGGUCGUCGGCCCCGCGACCGAUUUUCACCAAGGCAACGGCCUGCAAAUGCUGUUUCCAGGGAACAAAGGGCACGUAGACUGCUAUCUGCCCCAGCUUAGCCGCGAGAAGCCGCCGCCUCUGCCGGGCGGUCACGAGCUUGGCGACCAGCUGUACUGGACGGGCUCGAGCCAUUCGUUUGAGAGUGGCAAUAAGCUCACGCACGGCCAGCAGGGCGAGGUCGUCGGCCCUGCGACCGGCGAGCACCAAGGCAACGGCCUGAAGAUGCGGUUUCCAGGGAACAAAGACUCCAUAAACUGCUCUCUGCUCAGGCUCAGCCGCGAGAAGCCGCCGCCUCUGCCGGGCGGUCACGAGCCCGGCGACCAGCUGUACUACGCGGGCUCGAACCAGUCGUUCAAGUCUGGAAACAAGCUCGUGCACGGCCAGCAGGGCGAGGUCGUCGGCCCCGCGACCUGCGAGCACCAAGGCAACGGCCUGAAGAUGCGGUUUCCAGGGAACAAAGACUCCAUAAACUGCGCUCUGCCCCAGCUCAGCAUCGAAAAGCCGCCGCCGUUUCCCGGCGGUCACGAGAUUGGCGACCGGCUGUACUGGACGGGCUCGAACCAGUCGUUUGAGAGUGGCGAUACGAUCGUGCACGGCCAGCAGGGCGAGGUCGUCGGCCCCGCGACCGGCGAGCACCAAGGCAAUGGCCUGCAGCUUCUCUUCCCAGGGAACAAAGGCUGGAUAGAAUGCGGACUCGCCUCGCUGUCCCACGAGCUGAGCCUGCCCGGUGGCUUCAGAGUGGGAGAGGAGCUCUACUUUAUUGGCGGCGGGUUCGUCGACGAGCAGGGGGACAAGGCCGUGUUUGGCUGCCGAGGAUCGGUCACUGGCCCAGCCCGCAACGGCGACGCUGACGCUGUUUCCAUGUCUUUCUCCGGCAACCGAGGGGACGUGCACUGCCGGGCCGAAGAGCUCAGCCGCGAGCCGGCGCCCUCGCUUCCCGGCGGCUUCGUUCUCGGCGAGCAUCUCUACUUCACCGGAGAGGACCAGAUCGUCGGGCGCGGCAUCCUCGUGCGCGGCUCGCGUGGUGAGGUGGUGGGCCUGGGUUUGGAGCCGGACAGCCUCGCGAUGCGCUUUUCGAACAAGGUCUUGUUUUCCGGUAACCAGCCGGUCAACAUCGCCUCCCUGAGCCGUGACGAUCCGUGCGCCGUGUCGUCCGUGCCCGAGAAUGUAUUGCGAGCGCGCCGAGCGCUUGCCGCGCGCAGGGAGGAGCAGGAGCGGGCUGCGGCAGCGGCGGCGUCGCAGACGGCAGAGGACAUUGCAGCGGAGGCAGAGCGGCGGCAGCAGCUGGCGGCGGAGCUCCUGGAGGAGGAAGCUGCGGCCAGGGCUCCGCCUCCACUUCAGGAGGCGGGACGGAGGAGGAGGAGGAAGAAGAAGCAGAGCGGCUUUCGCGGGUCGAAGAGCAGCGCAACCGAAGGAGCAGAGGGAUCGGCUGACUGCGGCGACUCCACCACCUCAAGGGCGGCGCCAGCGCGCGAGUCGGCUUCAGAGAGCGACGAGGAGGAGCGCGUGACGCCAGCCGAGGAGGCGCGACGGGCGGAGGAGUCGGAGCGGGCGGCGCAGCGAGAGAGGCAGGCGAGGCUGCUCGAGGCAGCGCGGCGGGAGAGGGAGGAGCGUUUGGAGAGGGAGGCUAGGGCCGAGGCCGCGGCCGCGGCUGCGGCGGAGAGCGAGGCUCGCGGCAGGCGACAGCAGGCGGCGCGAGCGGCGGAGGAGGAGCGGAAGCGAGCAGCGCGGGCGGCGCUGGUGGACGAGAUGGAGGCGCAGGCGCGGCAGGAGGAGGCGGCGCGGGCCGGGGCACAGCUGAGGACGACGCAGGCUGAGCAGUCCAGCACGCGCUCGGCGAUCGAGCAGGCGCUCUCCCAGGCUAGGUCAGACGCGGCGGCGGCGAGGGUUCGCGAGGCGACGGCGGGGUCAGAGGCGGAACGGGCGAGGUCAGAGGCGGAACGGGCGAGGUUAGAGGCGGAGGCGGCGAGGGCGAGGGAGCAAGAGGCGAGGGGGCGGAAGGAGGCGGCGACGGCAGAGGCGGAGGCGGCGACGGCACGCGAGGAGGCGCUCACCAUGCGACUCGCGGCGCUCGAGCUAGGACCUCCACCGGCCGCCCCGCCACCGGCAACCGCAAACAACGCUGUGGGGGGAGGCGUCGGAGGCACCUUCCACGGCGCCACGCUGCCGCAGAAGGUCUCGCGGAUCUGUGCGCAUUUGGGGCUGGACGCGCGCUCCUCGCUCUCUGCGGCGGUGGCGGCGGCGAACGAGAGCACAGGGGUCGCCGCUGAGGGAGGGCUUCUGCAGCAGGUGGACCGGCUGAUCGCGCUGCUGUUUUGGGAGCCGCAGGGGAGCGCUCCGGAGGUGAGGUAA